UAAUGAAAUAUGAAAAAGAUAAGAAGAUAAUUCACCAAUGUCAAUGAUAAAAUAUUGUUUCCAAUCUUUUACCACUAAAUAUAUAAAGAAUAAAAUGGCUGUGACAGAAGUAUCUAGCAAUAAAAUGUUUGAUGGCCUCCAGAAAGUAUUUAGUCAUGAGAGUACAGAAUGCAAAUGUACCAUGAAGUUUGGGAUAUAUUUACCACCUCAAGCUGACUCAAAGAAAUGUCCUGUGCUGUAUUGGUUAUCAGGAUUAACAUGUACUGACCAAAACUUUGUAACAAAAGCUGGUGCCCAGAAGUAUGCUGCAAAGAAUGGUAUAAUAGUGGUAGCACCAGACACCAGUCCACGUGACUGUAAGAUCGCAGGAGAAGAUGACAGUUAUGACUUUGGAUCAGGAGCUGGGUUCUAUGUCAAUGCCACACAGGAUCCAUGGAAAACAAACUAUAGGAUGUAUGCUUACGUUACACAGGAGCUACCAGCUUUAAUAAACAGUAAUUUUCCUGUUGAUGUUGGAAAGCAAUCAAUUUCUGGACAUAGUAUGGGUGGACAUGGUGCCCUGAUUUGUGCUCUGAAAAAUCCAGGCCAAUAUAAAUCUGUUAGUGCUUUUGCUCCAAUUUGUAAUCCAAUCAACUGUCCAUGGGGUGUCAAGGCCUUCACUGGUUACCUUGGAGAGGACAAAGAAGCUUGGAAGGAAUAUGAUGCUACUUGUCUAGUAAAGAAGUACAAUGGACCACCAUUGGAUAUAUUGAUUGAUCAGGGUAAAGCAGAUAAUUUUUUAGCCCCAGGACAAUUACUACCCGAUAAUUUUGUGGCAGCAUGUACAGAAAGUAAAACACCAGUCACACUCCGGAUGCAAGAGGGAUAUGACCACAGUUAUUACUUUAUGGCCACGUUUAUAGAGGAUCACAUAACCCACCAUGCUAAAUACCUAAAGUGAACUACACACAGAUUGUGAUUGUCUUAGAUGAUUGUAGUGAUGAAACAGUGAUUCAGACAAUGAUAUAAAUGAUUAUGUAGAUUAAUAUGAUUAAGAACUAUUAAGCUAGAAAAUGCACAUUUUAUACUGAAGUAAAAUAGCUUCACGUAAACUAGGACCCUUAGUAUUUUUUAUUUUCUCAGAAAAUUUGAUGGAAUAAUACCAAGUGGUAAAUCAUGUGUGCUCUGUAAUCAAGUGUAGUCUUUGUUGACAUUAUUGAUUGUAUUAUCCAUGUCCUAUUGCAGUACAUCAGGCUGGUGAUACAUACCAUACAAUAGUAAAAACUUCCAUCUAUUACUUAUCUUCAGGUACAAAUUAAGUCAUUUACCAUUAUUUAAUGCAACUCUUAUCUUGAUUAAAUGAGUUGUUAAACUGAAGAAAUUGUGCAGCUUGUUCAAGUGGGUGAUUCAUGUUAGGAAUAUCACUUUUAUGUUAGAUUUAGAAUUUUAGUAAUAGUCAAAUGUGUUUUGCACUGGCUUUGCAGUUGUUACGAAUAUGAUUUAUUUGUCAUAUUGAUAAAAUAACCUAAUAUAUAAUCAAGAAGAAAAAUACUUGUAUGAUAAUAAAUAAACAUUCUUUUGAUU